GCGGGGCAUGAAACGGUGUAUUAUGCUAUCAUACUGCAUCAUCGUUUCGCGAUUUUUUCAAGUUUCUUUUUUUCUUUUUCUUUUUGCUACUGUAUCAUCAUGAAACUUUCUAAAGCGCAGAAGCAAGAAAUCAAGGAAGUCUUUGAGGAUCUUGAUACGGAGGAUACCGGGUUACUGGACGAGAAGAACUUGUACAAGGCCUUGCGAGCUCUGGGGUUAGAAGUGCCAGUGACCGAACAAGAGAUCAACCAACUUCUUGUGGAUGUUGGUCGCAGCGAAGAAGGUUACGUUACCAUUGACGAUGUGUUUGACAUUGUUUCAGAGUUAAUGACCAAUCGACAAGACAAUUCACGUUCGGAACAAUUGCACAAGGCAUUUCAACUUUUAAGCGAUCCUCAGCUGAAUGGCAUUACCUUUAAAAGCUUGAAACGGGCUUGCCAAGUCCAGAAUGAAUCCUUCACUGACGGGCAACUCAACGAAAUGAUCGCGGUAGCCGAUAAGCACCAGGACGGGGUGAUCCUAUUCCCUGAAUUUCAGCGUAUCUGGACAAAGAUCGGUUUAUGAUAUUACAUGUGAUUUGUCUACAUACAAAAAAAUAUUGAUAAAUAGUAUA